AUGGCGGCCAGCACCAUGCAGCAGCAACUGCUGCUGCACCUUCUAGUGCCGCCGUUGCUGUCUCUGGCGUUCUUCUUGCUGGCUGGUUUGCUGCUGCCCCCAAUCCUCUCCUUCCUGCUUCCUCGUCUGCUUAGACGGGUACUUAUUAAGAGGGUCCACAAGAGCAGCAGCACCAACACAGGCAGUAGCGGAAACGCCUGUAGCAGCAGCAGCAACAGCAGUAGGAGCCACACCAAUGCAGCAGAAGAGCGGAUUCUGCCUGCUGCUGUUCCAUCGGAAGAGGUAGAGCAUGGGCUGGGAUUGCCGUUAGCAGCAGAAGCGGCAGAGGCAGCAGCAGCAACCGGCGCACCUCCUGCUGCGACGAAUAGCAGCAGCAGCAACAAUACCAGCAGCAGCACAAGGUGUCUGUACUUGACUUGCGAGUCGCUGCAGCACAGUGGCUUUCUGAGUUUGAAGAGUGCCGUCAUUUUGCUUGAGGAGGAGGUGACAGAACACUGCGUCUCCUGCUGCAGCAGCAGCAGCAGAAAGAAGAUAGGGAAGUGCAGCAGCUGCAUCACCCACAGAAGAAGCGAGACCCGUCUUGUGGUUUCAAGUCUGCGCCUCUCACUCAGCCAUAAGGAGGGAGAAGAGACACCCAGCCCCUGCAGCAGCAGCAGCAGCAGCAGUGACAACGCCGCCGAGUGCAACGGGGAGGCACGACCAGGAUUAGCAGACCCUAAAGCAGCAGGAAGCAGCAGCUGCUGCAGCAACAGCUCCGACAACAGCAGCGCUGAUAGGAACAGCAUCACGAGCGGGAGCAGUUGCAGCAGCAGCAGCAGCAGCAGCAGCGGCAACGGCAGACUCCUACGGGAGAUCCUGGCGCCUUUCUCCUUCCUCUUUGGCUGCUUUCUGCUGAUACGUCAGGCGCUGCAGCAGAGUCGCUGCAGCAGCAAACGGCCCCUCAGCAGCCGUGUGCUGCUCAGCGCAGGGCGAGUAUCGGUCACCUGCCGUCUGCAGAACAACAGCAGCAGCAGCAGCGGCAGCAAAGGAAAUGCAGCAGGAUCGGCCGGGAUGUUGGGAGCGCAAGACUCCCAGAUAGCACCCACUUCAUCAGCAGCAGCAGCAGCAGCAGUAUCACCACCAAGCCCCAGUUUGCUGCAGUUCGUGCUGCGGCUCUGCCUGCUGCAUGCAGUGGCUAGAACCUGCGCAUUUAGGGCAGGUUGUAUUGAGUUGCUGGGGUUAAUAGUGCUGCCACCACCGCCGCCGCCGCAGCAGCAGCAACAGAAGCAGCUGCAGCAGCAGCUGCAGCGCUCAGCGGAGAAGCAGCAGCAGCAGCAGCGAUCACGGGAGCAACAACAGAGCAGCCAGCAGCAGAGCGAGUUCAGCAGCGUGGGGGUGUUGCUGACGGCCAAUGAGCUGCUGCUGCUGCCGUCGGCAGCAUUUGCGUCGUUGCGGUUGCAUGCAGCAGCACCAAAAGGCAUUUGCUGCCGCUGCUUUGUGGAUGCAGCAGGCUGUCUGUCCGUGCUGCCAUCUGACCUGAUAACCGCUGCUGUUGCUGCUGCUCGCAGCUCAGCAAAAUUUGCAGCAGCAGCACACACAAGCGACAGCCGUCCCGCAGCCGGCGCUGCAGCAGCAACAGCAGCAGCCGGGUGGCUGCAGCACAAACGGCCGCCGACUCUCCAGGACGUGCAAAGGGAAGCAGCAAGCUGCAGCAGCAGCAGCUGCCAGGACAUAGCGGCUCCUGUGCAUGUGCCCGUGAAUGCUCCUGAUUCGCCGGCAGCUUCCCAGAGCAGCAGCAGCAGCAGCAGCAGCAGCUUCCCACCGGCGAGAAGGUGGUGGUGGCGCGGAGCCGUGGAAGCAGACAGGCAAGACGCAUCUGUCUCUGCUCCCACGUAUUUGUCUCAUUUGAUGUCUCUGUACUGUCUUGACACCGUAACUGCUUCAGGGCUCCGAGAAGCAACUGCUGCUCCCGUUGCUCCCGGUGCUGCAGCAGCUGCAUCAGCAGCUGCAGCAACAGGAACAGGAGCAGCAGCAGCAGCAGCAAAGAGGUGGCUCUCGCCCAUCGAGGCUGCCUGCCGGGCACGGGGCGCUCUUCUGCUGCCUGAGCAGCUGCCACCUGCUGCGCUACUGCUGCCGCCUGUGCUGCACACCGAAGAAGCAGCAGCAGUUACUGUGCUGUUUGACUCUGGCUUGAGCAGCAGUAACAGCAGCAGCACAUGCACUGCGCGCGCGGUGUAUGUUCACACCAGUGGGACUGUUGCCGUCAACCUCCUGUCCAAUCUCCUUGCCAGGGUUAUUGAGGCGUAUUGGAGGUGUAGGAGCGGCAUCAGCAGCAGCAGCAACAACAACAACAGCAGCAGCAACAACAGCAGCAACAGCAGCAGCAACAGCAGUAGCAGCAACAGCAGCCCUCAGGGAGGAGACUCCUUGGACAGUAAGGAAACUGGAGACACUCAAACACCCAGAAGCCCGGUAGUUGCGCGCAGGAGGAGCAGCAGCACUAGCAGCAGCAGCAGCAGCCGCACCGACAGCAACAUGCAGCAGCACACGCUGCCUGUUCUGGUAUCGGUGCCGCGUUUGCUGGUGCACGUACUCGAGCGCAGCAGCAGCAGCGCUUUGCUGCUGCACGCCGACGGAGUGCUGCUGCAGCUAGAGACAUUAGUACGCCGGCAGCAGCAGAAGCUCAAGACAACUAGCGGCGGCUUCCAGCAGCAGCUGCAGCAACUGCAGCAGCUGCAGCAGCGCCUUGCGGAAGAGCAGCAACGGGACUGCAUGCCGCCAUUAUCUUGCUUGGGGGCUGCAGCAGCCAUGAACAAAGAAAACGGUAGUGGCGGCGCAAGCAGCAGCAGCAACAGCAGCAGCAAUAACAGCAACAGCAAAAUAAUACGCUUUGCCGUUUCUACGGGCAUCUGCAGGCUCUCCACUGCUAACGUCCCCUCCUGCAACAACACCUCUGCUGCUGCUCCUGCUGCUGCAACUGCAGCAACGAACACAUCAGGUGAAGCAGCAGCAACAGCAGCGCGCAGGACGGCAGCAGCCGCAGAGGCAGCUGCAGCCCUUCACUCACUCUCUUGUCCGGGCCCCUCACAAACCAUUGCACGCGACAUCGCAACAAAUGUCCCGGUCCAGGCUCCUGAGGCAGCAGCAGCAGCAGUUGCAGCAGUUGCAGCAGCUGCAACCCUGACACCGGGAGCAGCAGCACCCUCACCUGCAUCAGCAAGAAUAACAGCAAAUAAGGCGCAUGCAAAAGCAGCAGCAACAGUCUCCACGAAUGCAGCAGCUGCAGCUGUAUCUUUCUUCGUUGGCGCGGGUGAACUGGUGCGCCUAAAGCAAGCUUACAGCAGCAGCGGCAACAGCAGGAGCAGCAGCGGCUGCGUGUGGCUGCUCAGUGAUGACGAAUGCUUGGGGGAUCGUUGGAUCCCGAGCGCAUGGGCUUUGACUGGGUGGUGUGGGGUGCUGCUGGUGAGCUGCAGCAGCAGCAGCGUGGAGAUAAAGCCUUUGAGCGAGGUGACAAGAAUAGGGGUGUACGGACAGGUGCAGCUGCGGCCUCUGUAUCAGCAGCACGUUAGGAUCGUGCUGCCGGGGGGCUGGCUCCACUGGCGAGAAGAAGGCCUUUUGUUCUGGGUGAUGCUGCUGCUGCAUCUCCGUGGAGUGUACAGACACUGGAAAGACCGCGCGAAGAUGCUGCAGCUGGGUGCUGCUGCUGCUGCUGCUGCUGGCACCAGCAGCAGCAGCAGCAGCAGCGGAGACAUGUUUAGUGAGUCGCCCAUCGGGACCGCUGGAGCGGGGCUUGCUUCCGCUGCAUCAGGCGGAGCAGCAGAGAGAGGAGAAGGAGGAGGAGAAGCAGCGGAUGCAGCGGCGGGCGGCUGGGGAGUCCACGCAGGAUGGGGAGGAGCGAGCGGAGCUGCAGCAGCCGCAGCAGCAGCAGCAGCAGCAACAGCAGCAGCAGACCUGCCUUUUUUGGCCUCUAGCUGUCCCUUUUUCUCUGGGUUCGAGUGGCGCCCGAGCCUCCGCGCCUUUGCUGCUGCUGUGAAGGACCUUACCUGCGUUGAAGGCCUCACUCCAGAGUCUUUUCAUUUACUUGCACGCAACUUUGCUGUCUACUCCCCUGCUGCUGCGCUGCACCUGCAGCACCAGGAACAGCAGCAGCAGCAGGAACAGCAGCAGACGCAGGAACAGGAACAGCAGGAACGGGAACAGGAACAGCAGCAGGAACAGCAGCAGCAGCAGGGACAGCAACUGCAAUCAGAACCACAGCAGCUCGAAGGCAAGCAGCAGCAGCAGAAGCAGCAGCAAGCACUUCUGCGGCUGCUCGUCCCUACAAUGCAUAUUCACAACUCCUCUCUCGCUGGCGGAGCUGUCAUCGCUGCCCUGCCAGUACACGUGCAAUCCAUGUACGUUCAUAGCAGCAGCAGCAACAGCAGCAGCAACAGCAGCAGCAACAGCAGCAGCGGCACUGGCAUGGAGGAGCUGAGCCCCUGCUCUGCACUGUCGUGUUUUCGUUCUUUGCACCUUCAAGUUCACUCGCCGAUUCACGGGCAGCAGGAGGAGCAGCAGGAAGAGCAGCAGGAACAGCAACAGCAGCGGGAGCAGCAGCAGCAACAGCUGCAGGGACAGCUGCAGGAGUGCGAGCUGCAUGCAUGCAGAGAGACUGGAGAGACAAUUCUGUCGGAUUUGUGCAUUUGGGUACCCCAGAGCGGGCGGUCUGUGAAGGUGUCAGUGCAGCGAGCCAGCAGCUUCGCGCUGCAGCAGCAGCUGCUGCUGCCGCUCUUUGCUCUUGUAGAGGCGGUGCAGCAUGACCUGCUGCAGCCUUCCCUUACAGCUCUCAAACUGGACGACCGUUUGGUGGGGGGCCCGGAGCCCGUGCUGCAGAUUCAGGUGGGUGGUGUCUCUGUCUCUGUUGCUCGCCGUUUUGCUGUUGAGGCAGAAGAAGUAACAGUGAACAUACACCCCGUCGCUCUACAGCAAACCCCCUCGGUGCUACGCCUGCUAGUGCAGCAGGAAAUCGAGCGUAUGCAGCAGCUGCAAGCGGCGCACCUGCGACAGCUGGCAGAAAUAACAGCAGAAUCGGCAGGCUCGCGCAGGCAGCAGCAGCAGCAGCAGCAGGUGCAGCAGAGGGAGCAGCAGCAACCGCAUGACAGCGAGGACUGCAGCAGCAAAGGGAAGCAGACCGAAGAGACUUUCUUCCCUCAUGUUGAUAUUUUGGUGAAAUCUCCCCGAGUCCACUACCUAGCCAGGGACUUCCAGCAGCAGCAGCAGCAGCAGCAGCAGCAAGAGUCGGCCCAGCAGGACCAGGGGCUGCGGCAGCACAGGGAGUCGAUGCCCCCUCUCUUUAGAGGCGAUACCAUUCGGGUGUCAGUACACCGCAGGCAUUGGGAGCUAGGGGACGUCAGCCAGCAGCAGCACCAACAGCAGCAGCACGAACAGCAACAGCAGCAGCAGCAGCCGCUGUAUAGCGACGCUCAGCAGUGGGUGUGUACGUCUGUUGAGGGGGCGACUGUGCUGUAUGCAGAGACCCUUGACUUUGCAUGUCUUGCUGAAGCAGCAGCUGAUGCAGCGCAUGCAGUGGGGCCCCUUGUCCGGCAGGUUGCAGCAGCAGCAGUGGCGUAUCAGCAGCAGCUGCAGCGCCACAAGACAGCUUCCCUUGCUGGCGGUCGUCUUGUCCGCUGCAGCUACGAACCCCACGAGCUCCUUUCCCCUGUUGCUGCUGCUGCUGCUGCUGCUGCUUCCAGAGGCGGCACUGCAGCAGUGCAUGUCACUCCGAUGUACGUUUGCUUCUCCCAAGUGUACGUGGCCUGUUUACGGAGGUCAGCAGCAGCAGCAGCAACAACAGCGACCACUGCUGCCUACGGACGAGACGCUGCACGCGGUGGCUUGCUGCAGCCUGUUGCUGCUGCUUCUUCAGCAUCCUGUUGGGACAGAGACGCAGCCUGGAGCCGCAGCAGCCGGAGCAACCACAGCAGCAGCAGCAGCAACAGCAGCAAAAGCAGCAACCACUGCGGCAGGGGACGCAGCAGCAGCAGGGACAGCGGAGACAGCCGCCGCAUAAGGCAUCGCGAUCGUUCAGUUGUUGGGAUGUCUGCGGAGACACCAGUUACUACUGACGUGGACGGCAGCAGCAACUGCAGCCUCCGCCGCCGCAGCAGAAGCAGCAGCAGCAGCAGCAGCAGCGGCAGGGAGAGCAUUAAAGAGCUGCCUCUUCUUGGUCUAAGAAGGCAAAUGACAGCUGAGGUAACCAGGUGUACACGGAGCUCCUUGACAACUUGCAGCAGCAACUUGAGGGACGUCAGCGGAAGGCAGCAGCAGCAGCAGCAGCCGCAGCCAGAGCAGCAAGAGGAGCAGCAGCACGAGCAAGACGAGGACGAAACCCUUCCGCUUCCGCUUCAGCCUGCUCUCUGUCCGUUUGCGGACCCUGCUGUGCGUGCUGCUGUGCCAGCUGUACGUACACCUGAAGUGGUGCAGCUGCUGCGGCAGAAGCUGCAGCAUCGGCGUGCUGCAGUAGACAUGACUUCUUGGGUGGCUGUGGGCCGCUGCGGCAAUCCGCUGCAGCGGUUUCAGCAGCAGCGGGGGCAGCAGUACCAGCAGCAGCAACAGCAACAACAACGGAGGCACGCGCUACAGCGCGCCCUCCUCCGGCGCCUUUCGCAGCAGCAACAGACGGGCGUCGGUAGCGGCGGCAGCAGCACAUGGUGUACAUUCACCCCAGUUGCAGCAAUCAAGGUGGAUAGAGUAGCAGCUUGCGUUGAUGACUUCCUAAGAGCAGCAGCAGCAGCAACAACAGCAGCAGUCCUGGUGCUGCCGCCUCCUCAUAGCACCUAUCGUACCUUGCAGCUGCGCGUGCAGUCUCUGGAGCUGCUGCUGUUUGGAGACGAACUUCAGCAGCGACUGCAGCACCAGCAGCGAAGGCUUCUGCUGCAAGACCAGCGGCUGGUGCGGCAGCACCUGACGCGACUCCGCAAGACCAAUCCAGAGUUAUUCGGGUGUGCGGACAGGUCCGCUGCUGCUGGUGCUGCUGUUGCUGCUACAGGAGCAGCGCAGUCUCCCGUGCUGCUUCUGUCUUCCGACCAAGUGGAUGUACAGUUUGCUUCCCUUAAGCUGACUUCAGCAAAGUCCUUGCCAUGCCCCUCAGGCAACAGCAGCAGCAACAGCAGCAGCAGCAGCAGCAGCAGCAGCAACGGCAGCAGCAGCAACACUGUAGACGGGGAAGCGGAAGAUGUGCGCCGGCUGUUGUUACAGCCACAGAACGUUACUGUACGAUUUACGCAAAGCGCAGCAGCAGCAGCUGCAGCAGCAGCGGCAGCAGCAGCAUGGACUCACAAAGUCUUUGGACCGAGUGAGGCCGUGGCGUUUGCUGCUGCUGCUGCGGCUAUCCAUGAAGAGCACACCGCAUGCGUCAGCUAUCGAGACAGCUGCUACAGCAGCACCAGCAGCAGCAGCAUCCCACCCGGUAUCACCAGCCAGACAGACAGCGCCAUGCAACAGCAGCAAAAGGAACAGCAGAAGACCCAGCUGCAACUUGAGGUUAUUUUGCUGCAAGACUUGCAGCUGCAGUUCGCACUGGAAGGCCUUUUGCUGCUGCGGCUGCUGCUGCCGGCGCUGCACUUGGGCGCAGCUGUCAGGUACCACGCGGCAGUAGCAGCAGCAGCAGCAGCAACGACAGCAGCAAGUGCGCGUGUCCAGCAGACAGCAAUGCAUCGCGCGUUCAGCAGCGAAAUUCCGGAAGCAGCAGGAGCGACAGCAGCAGGAGCAGAAAUAGGAGGAGGAGCAGCAGCAGAAACAGCAGCAGCAUGCAGCAGCUUUUUGCUUCCGCAGCUGCUGUCGGCAGACGUCUUGCUACAGCUGAGGCGCGGUCUUUGUUGCCUGGUCAACGAGCAGGCAGCAGCAGAGAUACCUGCUGCUGCUGCUGCUGAUGUUUCGUGUCCGCCACUGCUGCAGUUGGGGCAAGUGUUCGCACGCGCAAGCGUCUUUUUCCAGCAGGAGGAGCAGCAGGAGGAGCAGCAGGAGCAGCAACAAGAGGAGGAGCAGCAGCAACAGCUGAAGGUCGAAGCGCAGCUGUUCGUUAGGGGCAUAGAUGAAGACAAGCAGCAGCAGCAGCAGCAACAGGAACACCACACGAGAGACCAGAGGCGUAGCCCUGUACACAUUUGGGGGAGACACCACGCGCAGCAGCAGCUGCAGCAGCAGCAACUGUCACUCAAUGUAACUCCAGAACACGUUAUGCUGCUGCUGCAGCUGCUCUUCGGUAGCAACUGCAGCGGGCCUUGGCCUGACUACUGCAGCAGCGCGCCCCCGGAGGAGCAGCAUCAAGAGGAGCUGGAGCAGCAAGAUGAACCGGAGCAGCAGCAGGAAGGAAGCAGCUGGUUGGUUGCGGUGUACAGGGAGCUUCGGCAGCAAGCAGAUAUCCUCGUCAAGCUACGAGCUGCAACACGAGACUUGCACUUCCGCUUUGCCUUUGCUCGCUGCAGUCUUGCUGCUGCUGAGCUGCAUGACAUGCUGCUGCUGCGGCGACACCGGGCCGUGGAUCCAGAGAGCAGCAGCAGCUACAGGGGGUACGCCUAUGGACGCGGCCGCAGCAGGGAGUUCAAUGCAGCAACACAAGCAGCAGCAGCAGCCGACGCUGCUGCUGCUGCUGCCGUCGGUGCAGCCCCAGCUGCAGCCGAUGCCACGGACAGUCUACUCCGACAGUAUUCGCGGCAAGGUAGCGGGAGUUUAGAAGGUAAAAUGCUGCUGCAGCAGCAGCAGCAGCACAGGACCGGUGGCCCAGUAAAGCUGCUACGCAAAGGCUUUGCUAGCCUCCGCAGCAAAACUUUCUCCGAGUGGGUAGGCGUGACAGACAGCAGCAGCAGCGGCAGCGAGUUGGAGGCUGCAGCAGGCAGCAACAGCACGAAGACGCGCUCACCUAGGCAGCGGCAGCAGCAUCAGCAGCGGAAGUUGCUGCUGCAGGGAGACCUCUGGAAAAGCGUAUCGUGGGAAAACCGAACAGGCGGGCAGCAUCGGCAGCAGCAGAAACUGCAGCUGCAGCAGCAGCAGCAGCAGGAACAGCAGAGGCUGGGGCGCGAGGUGUCUUUGCAGCUGCAGCAGCAGGGUUUGUGGUUUGAAGGGCUGCAUACUUGGUCGGGAGAAGGUAGUGGGAGCGGCUUGCUGCGGGAGGAAUGGCGCAGCAGCAGCAACUUAAGCAGCAGCAAGAGCGGCAGCAACAUUAGCAUCAGCGACGCCUGUUACUGCUCUUCAGACUCAGCCCCGUCCUCCUCGGAGGCAACGAAGCCUGAGGCAUCCGAAGCAGCAGCAGCAGCAGCAGCACAAGCGGCAGCAGCAGAAGCGGCAGCAGCAGCAGCGGCAGCAGCAGCAGAAGGGACCCGCCUCUCCACAUGUGCUGAUGUUCUGGAGGACAUCAAGAUAAACCAGCUGAGACAGAGCGUCGUGCUGCUGCGGCAUCUGCUGCUCAGCUUCGAGUGUGACGACUUGCACUUCAGCCGCCGCAGCAGCAGGAGCAGCAGCACCAACGGCAGCCGCAGACAGCGGGCUGGCGCUGGCAGGGUUCUACACGCACAGCAGCGGCAAGCAGAGGAACAACUGCAGCAACAGCAGCAGCAGUUUGCUGCUGCUGUUUCUCGUCUAUGGGGGCUCACGCUGCCUCUCUAUCUCCCAACACCGUCUCCCCAUUUGCUGCCCGUGCUGCGCAUUCCGGGUGUCCGUAUAGAGCGGCAGAAGCUGCCGCAGCAGCAGCAGGAGGAAGAGGAGGAGGAGCAGCAGCAGACUGAUCCUUCCCAAUCGGCUUGCAUGCUACUGCACUGCCCCGUGCUGCUGCUGUCCCCCACAAGCCUCGCUCUUAUUAUCAGGUCUAUAGAUGUCGCGGAUGCAGCACGGCAGCAGCUGGAGCCGUACUUACACGUGCUGCUGCCACCGAAGAACGCGCAGCAGCAGCAGCACCCGCAACAGCAGCAGCGGAGCGCUCGCCGUCGCAAACGGCAGCAGCAGCAGAAGCAGCAGCGGCAGAUGUCCUAUGGAGCAAUGGAUUUGACGCUCAGGUGUAUAUACCCCCAAGUAAGCCUAAACUACAUUGAGCUGCAGCGCAGCCAGCAGCAGCAGCUGGUGCAGGAGGUCGCUGCGUUUAGCAGCCGCAACCGCAGCAGCAACAACAACAGCAGCCGCGCAGCACCUGCAGCAGCAGCAGCAGCAGACGUACUCUACGGGGAAACGGGAGACGGCUGCACCGCAGAAGGGAAGUGCUGCCAAGUCUCAGCAGCAAUGGCUGUUAAUCCGUUGCCGCUGCUGCAGCAGCACUCGCAGGUGGUAGAGGGGAUGUGGGCUGACAACAACAGGAUAGCAGCAGCAGCAGCAGCUACAGCAGCAGCCGCAGCAGCAGCAGCAGCAGGGGCCGAUGCUGACACAGCAGAAAGCCUGGAGGGUGACCGCAGCUGCCCCGGCAAGCAGCCUUGCGCUGCAGCAGCUGCAGCACGACUUGCUGCCUGGACAGCAGCAGCAGAAGCAGCAGCAGCAGCCCAGAGACCCCGCAGCCAUCGCCCAAAACUCACCAGCAGCAAGAGCAGCAGCAGCAGCAGCAGCAGCAAGCCCCACCUGGCGCACCCGGAUUUCGUUAAGGGCCACUCUACAUCUAAGCUUUCCUCACAGCUGCGCGGUGUUUGCGGCUGCUGCUGCCGCGGUGUUGCAGCAGAAGGGGCAGAGGGGAGGUCCACAGUAGCAGCGAAAGCAGCAGCAGCAGCAGCAGCACAUCCUGCUGUGCUGCCGUCGCUGCUGCUGCUGCCUCUUCCCGACCAAGACCCUGCCCUCUGUUCCCCCAUAGAGCUGAUUCAACAAACAUACAGCAGCCACAGCAGCAGCGACCUCCGCUCUGCUCUCUCGGCUGUACAGACAGCUCAGUUUGUCUUCUCUACUCCCCUUGCCGUUGCCAAGGCCAGGCUGGAGGUUGCUGCGGAGGCCGCAGCUGCUGUUCCUGCAGCGGGGCGAAGACAGCAGCAGCAAGAGCAGCAAAUGCAGCAGCAAGCGCAGCAGCAGCAACUGCAGCAGCACUUGCUGCUGGUAGAUCUGGUAUGUCGUGUGGGGCCCGUGUGCGGCUCCGUAGGCGCUCUUCACGUGGCGGGGUUGCUGUGGCAUCUGCCGCUAGCUGCUGCUGCAUCUGCUGCUGCUGCUGCUGCUAAUCCGUCACGGCAGCGUAGCAGCAGGGGAUUGGGGCUUUCCAGCAGCAGCAGAAGCCCCACACGCUACUUCCUCGCAGAGCAGCACGCGUCCUUGUGCUUUACCAGCAGCGAGAGCGAGCACCCCUCACCGUUUGCUGCAGCAGCAGGAGCAGCCUCAGCCCCUUCAACACCUGUUGCAGCAGCAGGGGGUCGUGCCAACCCAGGGCAGAACAGCAGCAGCAGCAGCAAAUGCAACAGCAGCCAGCUGCCCGCCGACUCGGCCGCGCAGCAGCCUGGAGCGCAGCAGCAAGACCCGCAUGCAAAAGGCGUAUGGGGGGAGGCAAAGAACGGCAGCAACAGCAGCAGCAGCCCCAGCUCUGCUGCAGUGCCGCAGCUGCUGCGGCCUGUGCUGUGUAUUAAGGAAGUCUGCUGUCUACUUUCGCUGUCUCUCCCUCAACUCGGCUGCAGCUGCAAGUUGCUGUGCGGCAAUUGUCUCUUUGCUGCUCAUGCUGAGAGCUUCGCGAUGAUGCAGCAACUGCUGCACCGCAUGCUGCUGGCCUGCAACAUCAGCAGGACAAGGCCCGCAGCAGCAGCACCUGCUGCUGCUGCUCCUGCAGGAGCGGCGUAUCCAACUCCACCCCCUGCUGCUGCUGCUCCGCAUCCGCAUGCUGCAGACAAACAGCAGCAGCAGGCAACAGAAGAUAUGUCUGAAGGAAGCAGCAGGGUAGACGAGAAUACAACAGAAGCAGCAGCAGCAGCAAAAGCAGCAGCUCCAGACAACGCGAAUACGUCAGGAGCACCACAGCCCCACGGGCAUCAGCAGCAGCAGCAGCAGCACCAGCAUCACCUGCAGCAGCAGCACCAGCAGCAUCACCAGCAGCAGCAGCAUAGGCGUCUGCGUCCCUCUGCUGCACGGAAGCUGCUGCAUGCAUUCUUAGAGGAAGAAGCAGCAGCAGAUAUGGGCCCCUCGCAGCUGCCAGGCACCGCGAUGCCGCGACUGCAGCAGCUGCAGCAGACAGGACCAACUGCAGCAGCUGCUGCACUGUCUGAGCAGCAGCAGCAGCAAACCCCAGCCAAGCAGCAGCGCCGCCAAAUUUCCAUAGGAAUCCUCAUUGAAGAAGUUUGCUGCUCGUUGCUAAGCAGCGUCACCAACCUCCCCUUCUGCUGCAUUUGCUGCAGCGAUGCUGCAUGCAGCCUGCAGCUGCUGCUGCAGGACGAGAGGAACCUGCAGCUAGAAGUGGAUUUAGCAGACUGGAGGGUCUUAGAUCUCUGUCCCAAAGCAGCAGCAGCAGCAGCUGCUGCUGCUGCUGCUGCUACUGGUGUUGCUGCUGCUGGCACGGGCAGCGACAUGCCGCAGCUGCAAAAACCCCAGCAACAGCAGCGGCGGCUCGGCCCUUGGUCAAACAAGCUGCACCGGAAAGUGGCUGCAGCGGAAGCAGCAGCAGCAGCAGCAGCUGCUGCUGCUGCUACUACUGCUCCGGAGCCUGUUGCUGCUGCUGCAGGCUCAGGGGGCCAUCCAACUUGUGCUUCUUCUUGUUCUGAAGAGGCCCUAGGGACAGCAGCAGAAGCCGGAGCAACAGCAACUGCAGCAGCAACAGCAGCAGGCGACCUGCAUUCAGCAGCAGCAUUACGCCCUGCCCCAGUAGCGAAGGCUCCCGGCAGAGUUCGUGCGAAGCUACAGCAGCUGCUGCCAGCAAUGAAGCAGCGUGCUGCUGCUGCUGCUGCUGCUCCAGCCGCGCAGCUGCAUCGCCUUGUCGUUCAUGCAACAGCAGCUGCUACAGGACACAGGGCUUCUGCUGUAGGCAGCCGCAUGCAUGCUGCAGCACUUGCUGAUUCCUGUGAGGGGCACACAGCAGCAGAGGCAGAAGCGGCAGAGUCCCGUGAAGCAGCAGCAGGAGCUGCUGCUGCUGCUGAAGAUUCUUCCGCCGCAAAGUGGCCAUUGUUCGGAGAAAGCACGAAAAGCAAAUUCCUCAGCAGCAGCAGCAGCAGCAGCAGCAGCGAGGAGGAAGUAUCCGGGGGUCUAGGCAACUUAGCGGCCUACUCUGAUGACGAGCACACGCUGCUGUGUUCUAGCAGCAGCAGCAGCAGCAGCAGCAGCAGCAGCGGCGAGUCGAAGCUUCAGGACGCAGAAACAGAUGCAGCAGCUGCAGCAGAAGCGGCAGCAGCAGAUGCAGCAGAGGCAGCAGAAGCAGCAGAGGCAGCAGCAGCAGCAGCAGCAGACGCUGCCGACACCAUUGCCGAAGAGGAGCCCUCGCUGCUUCUCAAGCUGCGCGAGCAGUUUGCUGCCGAGAGCGCGUCCGCUGCAGCAGAUGAGGAGCCUGCAGCAGCAGCAUCAGCAGCAGCAGGAGCAGCAGCAGCAGUCUCGCAUCCAGCCCCCCAGAGGAGCUCUGCAGCAGCAGCAGUAGCAGAAGCAGCAGAGGCAGCAACAGCGGCAGCAGCAGAGCUGUGGAACCCCAAAGCAGCAGUUGACUUUGAGUCCUUCCCUAUCGCAACGACCGCAAGAAACGCUGCAGCAGCAAAGCAGGAGUUGCUGCGUGGUCUGCAGCAAGAGCAGCGGAGACGCGAGCGACAAAGACAAGAGCAAGAACAACAGCAGCAGCAGCAGCAACAGGAAGCGGAGGAGCAGCAGCAGCAGGAGAGACGCCGCAUCCAGCUGUCACAGCCCGCCUUCACUCUCUCUUACUUCUUGGGGAUUGUGCUGCCGGCUGGGGUAAAGGCCGUACGCAUUAUUUCGCCUCUGUUUGAGUUGCAGACACAGCAGCAGCAGCAGCAGCAGCAGGACGCAGCAGCAGCAACAGCAGCAGGAACUGAGGACACUCUGGGCGCAGAAGCAUGGAGACAAAAGGAAGGUCUCACUCAUAGACUGUCUGCGCAUGCAGUCUCACUCCGCUGCAGCCACAGAUUCGUUGUUCUCGAUUGCGGCCGCUUUCAGGUCUUUGACUAUUUGCUGCUGCACAUAGACCCCGUUCGGGUGUCUCUGACGUCUGCAUUCGUGGAGUGUAUAUACAGCUUCUUCUUUCCCCCUGCUGCACCGCAAGCUGUUGAUGCAGUGGCUCUCCUCGCGCCUUCAUUCAAGUGGCCUCCUGCUGCUGCUGCAGCAGCAGCAACAGCAGGAAGUCUCUGCAGUCAAAGCUCAGGAGAACUCACUUCACCAGCCGACGCUGCAGCAGCUGGUACUGCCUCUGUUGAUGCUGCAGGGCUGCGAAGGGGCCAAGGAGCAGCAGCAGCCGCAGCACGGGGAGAGCAGUCGCAUCUCUCUUGGACUGGCUCCAGGAGCAGCAGCUUUUCGGUUCAAGGAGGGGGGCAAAAAGCAUCAGCAGCAGCUGCACCAGCAGCAGAAGCUGCGCGGUGGCAGCCCUCGAGGACACAGCAGCAGCAGCAGCCGCUGCCGCUGCCACAGCCGCCGCAGCAGCAGAUGCAGCAGCAGCAGGAUCCCGGCCUUGGGGUGUACUUUCGCUUCGUCCGAGUGUCUCCUUUUGCUGCUGCUGUUACAUACAGAGGGGCAAUUCGGUUGGAUAAUGUUUUGGUGGAGCUGCGCGCCUUCGAAAUGCAGCACAAAUUAAAGCCCUUCAAAACCCUCAUCGACAAAUACAUCUGGUUCCUAGGAAAACAAGCGACAGGCCGUGUAAUAAGCCACAAGUUGCUGCUGCUGCUAAAGCGGAAGCGGCAGCAUGCAGGGGACAGCUUCUCUGAUCUGAAAAAGAGGGAUUUGCUGUUUGGUUCCAGGUAA